GCAUCUCGACUCGACGUCUCAACCGCAAUGUCACAAGGUCACCGCCCCCCAUCGAGCGCAACUACUCCCCAUGCGCCUAUCGCCCCCGUGGCUCCCCCAGCCGUACACCAAAUGGCGGCGCCGGCGCCCAUGCUUGUCGACGCCUCCUUGCCGGCCUACCUCCUUCCCGAAGCACUCAACGCCUUGGCAGACAGUGCCGCCGCCGCCGUGCGCCGCAGGAUAGCGGACGAGACCGAAGCCGAGGGCGAAAGUUCGAGUAUGCUCGACGUGGGGAACAAGGGCAAGAGCAAGGCAGCUGACAUGCCGCUCCUUGUCAAUGCGGCAGUCGCAACGCGCGUCGAGCGCAUCGGGUACAUGGUCGGCGGGUACAUGGCAGAGAAACUCACAGCGGCGCGCCCACCCCUUGCAACACACCUCGACAUGAUCAAGUUCGUGUGCAAGGAUCUCUUCCUCCACAUCUAUGGCAAGCAGAUUGACAACCUCCGUACAAAUCACCGUGGCGUGUUCGUCUUGCAAAGCCACGCGUUUCCACCCCUUGAGCCGCUCAGCUCGUUCCGGGGAGCAGCUGCGGAUCUCGACGCCGCGCGCCACCACCUCGUGUUUCCACAGGCUCUGAUCCAAGGCGCACUGGCGCGUCUGGGCAUGCACACGACUGUGACGUGCGAGAGCUCACAGCUGCCACAGUGUACCUUCCAGAUCCGCACUGUGAAGAGUGCAAGCAGCCGCAAGGACAGUGCCGGGGCUGCCAGUAUUCUGGGCCCCAUGUCUCCACCAGCUCGGUAGAGUGUUGUAUAGAGGUAAUGUUGCAUGUGCACACCGUCUCUGUGACGGCGGGGCAGACUCCUAUGUUAUUUGCUUGGAGGCCAAGUCGGGGAACCUGUGAGCCAUGGCUGCCGACCCGGGUAGUGGAUAAUCACUUGGCCAACUGAGGAACGAGUGGUGAACGCAUCGAUUUUAGUCAAGGCGCUCAUAGGCAUAUAACGCUGCCCAUGUCUGCAGCACACGGGCUCCGGCCAAUACGUCAACAACGGCAAUGGAUAGUGGUCGACAUUCGGAGAUGAAUGCUAUGC